AUGCAAUCAUCAACUGCUCAAUUUUCAUGGAAAAGUCAAUUUUUUUUUGGAAAAGUGAGUUGUGUAGUUCUCUCGGACUCCAAAAAAAAUAUGAAUAAAAAAUGCUUUGUCUUUUUGGCUCGGGGAGCUAUAAUUGGCCACAAUUUGUCAUAAAAUAGGGCCGCAGGAAUUUUCGGGAAAUUUUUUAGUUUAGUUUUGAGGAAAAUGUUACAAUUCUGGGAGUUGUCAGUGCAAAAAUUGCAUUUUUUUUUUCAUAAAAAUUCCAGUUUUUGAGCAAAAAUACAGAAUUUUGAGGUUAAUAUGGCCUAAAAUUUCCACAUUUUUCAAAUUCCAAUGUUUCAAAAACCAUAUUUCUAGUUUCCUUUCCAUUUUUCGCUCUGAAAAGGUCCCCGGGGAAAAAUGUGAGCAAAAAAAGAGUAUCUUUUUUUGUCUGUGCCCCGUUUUUUUCUGGACGGAAAUCACCAACUUUUUUUCGACUUUUUUUUGUUCUUUUUUUUGACGAGAGUUAAGAUAACUCGAUUUUGAUGUUCGUUGAGUUUUUAAAAGAAAAUUCAGGAUUUCAGUGGAAAUUUGAGGAAUUUCUAAAAGAAAUAUGAUUUUUAACCAAAAAAUUCUUAAUUUUCAGUAAAAAUUACUACAAGAUUGAAGCAUUGCUCAUGUUAAACAAAACUUUUUUCAAUUUUCAGGCUAAAAAUCCAGAAAUUUCAUUCUCCAAAAAAAAUCAAAAAAAAAAUUUUUUUUUUCAAAAAAUUAUCCUAGACCCACAAAAAAACCGGCGUCUCUUCAACAUUUUUGACCCCUUGUCUUUCUCUGCGUCUCUCACAUUCACACACUAUUUCUCGCGGCGGCCAAAAAACAACAUAUUUGUUUAUUUUCUUCGAAAAACCGUCAGUGUUUCCAUUUUUUUUCAAUUUCGAAAUUUUUUGUUGGUUUUUUUGGGGCUAGAAAUUCAUUUUCUGGAAAUUUUGAGCUGAAUUUUCAGAUUCUGAAAUUUUUUCGACUUUUUUUGAAUUUCAAACUUUUUCUUUUGAGAUAAACUAUAGUCUAGUUGCCUUGUAACUAGAAACUAGAAUAUAGACCUUAUGUUCAAACUAGAGUUUAGUUACCUUAUAUUCAAACUAGAUUAUAGUUACAUUUAAAAAAUGUCAAAUUCCAAAUUUUCGCGUCAAAACUGCCACGUGGAUUUUCAUUUCCAAAAUUUUUUUGGAUGGUACGAUUUUCCACAGAUGUUCCAUUUCCAUUUUCUAGGCCACCUGUUUUUGCCACGUGGCUAGAAUUUUCCAAUUUUCGCCCCGAAAAUGUGUCAUUUUCAGGAUAAUCCUCCCUAUUUUAUUAAUUUUUGUUUAGAAAAUUGUGUUUUCGAGUUUUCCAGGCACACAAAAAGUAUACAUUUUUCUGGCACAAUUUUUUUUAUCAAAAAAAAAUGUAUAAAUAAAUAAUCCGUAGGGGAAAAGAAUAAUAGGAAUUAGCAUAAUUUUUUUUUUUGUGAAAAAAAAAACAUUUUUUUGAAUUUGUUCUAUUAUUAUUGAUUUUUUGCUACCUUUUGACUUCAAAUUCCAAAAAAAAAUCUUGCUUUCAGCAGGAAUCGAUCCCCUGACCUUUCACCUUGAAAUUUUUCAGCGAACGAAAAAUGCGAUGAUGAUUUCGACUGGAACAACAACAACAAUUUCGAACGUCGAUUUAAUACCAGUUAGUUUAUUUUUAAUUUUUGGGAAAGGGGUACUGUAGCUACUACUGUAGCUUGAGAGUACGGUAGGUUUUUUUUUAAAGGAAGGGGAGGUACUGUAGCUUCAGGCUGGAGAUUCUGUGGAUUUUUUGGGAAUCAAAAAUUUUCUCUGGGGAUCAAAUAUUGUUCUGAUUACUGUAGAUUCUCUAGAGGUACUGUAUUUUUGUGGAAGGAUUACUGUAGAGUUUUUUGUGAAGAUAUAGAGGUACUGUAGUUUUCGCGCGAAAUUUAGGAAAUUUAAAUUUUUUUCUGAAAUUUUACCACGUGGAUUUACUCUUAAACUUUUUAAAAUUCAAAAAUUUCUUGUUUUUUUUUCGCCACGUGGAUUUCUGGCUCCAAAUUCUCAAAUUCAAAAAAAUUAGCAAAAUCCCUUUGAAUCCGGAAUUUUUCCCGCGAAAUUUAGGAAAUUCAAAAUUUUUUCUGAAAUUUUGCCACGUGGAUUUUUCUAGAGGCAAUUUUGAAUUUUUGAAAAUUUAACAAAAAUUUUUUGAACCCGGAUUUUUUUUUCAAAAUUUUUGACGCUGUCAAAUUGAUUCGAAUCAAUUUUCAUCACAAAAAUGUUCCAUAAAAAUCAAAUUUCCUCCCAUUUUUUCCCAAAAAAUGCUCCGCGUCUCCCUAAUUUUUCUCCUCUUCCUCCAACUUAUCCAAACUUCCAAAGUCACCGAAUUCGAUUUUGAUAAAAUCGAAAAAGCUGUGGCUGAAAAAAUCCGCGAUUUUUCCACCAAAAACUUCGAUUCCAACUCGCAAAACAUUGCCAAAUCCCAAUCGGACAUUCUAGAAUUCGCGAAAAAUUUGAAAAUUCAAAUUCCCGCCAAUGCCACGUGGCAUUGCGAAAUCGCCAAAGACAUUGCGCAUGGUAUCAGGUACAAAGGAAUGGUGACAUUCAGAUAUGAGAAGCAUAGCUUUGCUGUGUAUUUUGUGUAG